GGCCAGCUACAAGCGCAUCAUCCUCUGCGCAGACGGGACAUGGCUUGCGUCCGACGUGGGCGACAAGUCCGCCCCUUCAAACGUCGCUAAAUUGGCUCGAGCAGUUGCGAACAGUGGCCCUGAUGCUGAAGGUAAUCUUGUGAAGCAGAUCGUGUCGUACCAUUCAGGCCUUGGAACCGGGGACCUCCCCCUUCAAAAAGCCAUAUAUGGCGGCAUCGGCUGGGGCCUCGACAUCGACGUGGUUCAGAUCUACGAUUUCAUCAGCAAUAACUACCAGCCUGGUGAUGAGCUGUUCUUCUUCGGCUUCUCGCGUGGGGCUUUCACCGUGCGCUCGGUCGCUAGUCUUGUCUGCGAUGUCGGUGUCCUCUCGGCAGUGCACAUGUCACGCUUCGCAGAAAUGUGGGAGGUAUACCGUGCGAAUAUAGGCGGUGACCCCUUCAGAAAGUCAGAGUGGUAUCGGAAUAAUAAGGAAGAGCUGGGUCUUACAGAUGUCAGGGUUAAGGUUGUUGGCGUUUGGGACACUGUUGGAGCUCUGCAAUGCUGGUUUCCCGGCAUCCACGGCAACAUCGGCGGCCAAAGAGAUGAUGCAUAUACCUCGGCUAAGUUUGAAGAGAUCGGCCACAACACAUUUGCGUGGAUGGUGGACAAUCUCUCUGGCAUGCUCUCCUUCGAAGACGCCGCGAUCAAGACACUCAUCGAGGACCACCGUCGCGCGCUCAACGCCAUCAAUAUUGCUAACGGCUGGGGCUGCGGGCCGAUCGUAGACAACUUCUC